CUUUAUCCCUCCCCACUCUUUUUUUUUCAUUAUAUCCAAAAAAAAAAAAAGAAAUAUCAUGUUGUCUCGUACAUUCACCAACACUUUGGCUCGCACCACUCGUAUUACCAACAACAAAAGCAACCUUGUUAGUUUGACACAUAUGCCCAUGUUCUCCAAGGAUGAAGAACAACGUCGUUAUCAACAUACCACCAAUGUCCCUGACUUUUCCCAUUAUAAGAAACAAAACAGUAGUGCCGAUGCUAGUCGUUCUUUUGCCUACAUGAUGGUUGGUACCACUGCUUUGGUAUCUGCUGCUGGUGCUCAAGCUACUGUGUCUGAUUUCUUGGCCAACAUGUCUGCUUCUGCUGAUGUUCUUGCUUUGGCUAAGGCUGAAGUUGAUCUUGCUUCCAUUCCAGAAGGUAAGAAUGUCACCAUCAAGUGGCGUGGUAAGCCUGUGUUUAUUCGUCAUCGUACUCAAGAUGAAAUCGCCGAAGCCAAUCAAGUCAAUGUUCAAGAAUUACGUGAUCCACAACAAGAUGCUGAACGAGUCAAGAAACCUGAAUGGUUGGUCAUGCUUGGUGUCUGUACUCACUUGGGUUGUGUUCCUAUUGGUGAAGCUGGUGAUUUUGGAGGUUGGUAUUGUCCUUGUCACGGUUCUCACUAUGAUAUUUCUGGUCGUAUCCGUAAAGGUCCUGCUCCUCUUAAUCUUGAAAUCCCUGAAUAUUCCUUCAGUGAUGACAAGCUCAUCAUUGGUUAGAUCCUGUUUGGUUGAAACUUUUUGGACAAACUUGUGCUCUUUCCCCCUAUUCUAUUAGUUAUAUGCACCCUUUCCAUUUUGUUUUUAUUAGUAUUAUCAUCAUUCUCAAUAUAUUAGAUAAAAAUGACAUAGACUUGUUUCUUUUCUUUUGUA